AUGAAGAUAAGUGGUUUCGUUCUUAUCUCAACAUUCGUGGUCACCGUACUCACCGCCAAGUCGAGCCCGACGACGGCACACGAAAUUCGGAUGAGGAGCCAAACAGACACGUUUCAGCAAGAAUGCCGUUCGUGGCACAACUACUUUCGAAGCAUGCAUCAUGUUCCGAAUCUCGGAUUAAACAAAAGACUUCAGGCAAAUGCGCAAUAUUGGGCUAAUCAUCUCGCUCGUCAAAGGUUCGGCCAGCCUAUUUCCCACAGCCCGGAAUCAGCGAAGCUUGGAGAAAACAUUUACUGGUACGAAAUAUCCAGUGGAAGUUACAAGGUUUCAGCUGAAAGUGCAAUCAAAUAUUGGUAUGAGGAAAAGAAGUACUACGACUACAACCACCCGCACUUCAGCUCGAAGACUUCUCACUUCACUCAAGUUGUCUGGAAGUCGAGCAGAACUCUUGGGUGUGCUAAAAGUCGUGCCCAGGAGGCGCAUCGUUAUAGAUAUUUUGUAGUCUGCAACUACCAUCCCAAAGGGAAUAUCCAUGGUGAAUUCGGAAGGAACGUGCUGAGGCCUUCAUGA